UGAGUUAAAGUUGCCUGCAACUUUACACGGAAACAAGAGGGGAAAAGCAGGUCGACAGAAGUCAUGUUUGGAAGUGCUGGGGAGGUACUGUAGGGGGAGAUCAAGGGGGAGCACAGGUCGGAAAGAAGCUGCUUUUUUUUCGGGAUAAACAGAGAGCUGUGCGGGGAUGGGAAUGUGAAAUAAGUUGGGUGGAGCAUUGGUUGUUGUGCGGCUAUUCAGGAACAGGUUGAACUGGUUUCCUGCCAAACCAUACUUGCUUCUCCCCUUACUCAGUCAUUUGUGGCAGCAGAGAGGAAAGGUGGAUGAAGUGAAACAGAUAAAGGAGCUGUGAAAAGAAGGAGAAAAACAUUUUUGCCCGGGAAGGAAUUUCAACAUGCCUGAGGAUGGAGAAUAUUAUGGAAAGAACGGUGAGCCCAGGAAGCAUGACCCGAACUUCAGGGGCCCAAUCCAGAACAGGGGCUGCACAGACAUUGUUUGCUGCAUUCUGUUCAUUAUUGCCAUACUUGGUUACAUUGCAGUGGGAAUACUCGCCUGGUCCCAGGGUGACCCAAGAAAGGUGAUCUACCCCACAGACAGCCGAGGCCAGUUCUGUGGGCAGGUUGGCACUCCACUCGAGAAGAAGCCCUUUUUGUUCUACUUCAACAUCAUGAAGUGUGCCAGUCCCAUGGUGCUGCUGGAGUUCCAGUGCCCAACCACACAGAUGUGUGUGGAGAAGUGUCCUGAAAAGUUCAUGACAUUAGUCAGUGCAUACGCUAUCAGUAGUGACUUUGCCUACUAUAAAAACUUCUGCGAAGAAGGAGUGACCAACACAAUGGGUGUUCCACAGAUCCUCAGCCAACGUCUCUGUCCUGCAAUGCUGCUUCCCAGCAAACCCUUCACCCGCAGGUGCUUCCCAGCUUUGGGCAAGAAAGGCGAUGUGAUAACUGUGGGAAACAGCUCAACGUUUAAUGAUGGAAAUGGAAUUAGAAAUGCCAAAGAUCUUAUAGCUGGUGUACAGAAUGCCACUGUGGUAAUGGAAGCUCGUCAGGUGGUGAUGAAAAUCUUUGAGGAUUUCACACAUUCCUGGUACUGGAUCCUCUUGGGAUUGGCUAUUGCCAUGAUCAUCAGCCUCCUCUUCCUCAUCCUCCUCCGCUUCCUGGCAGGGAUCAUGGUCUGGAUCAUGAUUGGCAUGUUGGUAGCGGUGAUAGGAUAUGGUAUCUUCCACUGCUACAUGGAGUAUGCGGCCCUGAAAGGAGAGCCCGGUGCUAAUGUGACUAUCCAGGAUCUGGGCUUCCAGACAGAUUUCACAGUCUACCUGCAAAUUAGACAGACCUGGCUGGCUUUCAUUAUUAUUCUAGCCAUUGUGGAGGUCAUCAUCAUUUUGCUGCUCAUCUUCCUUUGGAAGAGGAUCCUCAUUGCCAUUGCUCUUAUUAAAGAAGCCAGCAGAGCAAUUGGACAUAUGUUUUGUUCCCUUUUCUACCCACUGUUUACGUUCCUCCUCCUGGCUGUGGUCAUUAUCUACUGGGGAGUAACUGCUGUUUUCUUGUCCACUUCUAAUCAAGCUGUCUACAAAAUCUUCAAUGAAACAAAUUGCGACUACUCGAGAAAAACGUGUGACCCAGCUAACUACUCGACAAGUCCCAUGAAAGCCCAGUGUCCUGACUCGAAGUGCCUUUUUGCCUUCUACGGUGGAGAGACCCCUUACCAUAAAUACCUAAUUGCCCUGCAGUUCUACAAUGUCUUCCUCUUUUUCUGGUGUGCCAAUUUUGUCUUGGGACUGGGACAGAUGACCCUAGCCGGGGCGUUUGCUUCUUACUACUGGGCUGCCAAAAAGCCAGAUGACAUUCCUGCUUUCCCAGUGUUUUCUUCUCUCGGGAGAUCUCUCAGGUAUCACACAGGGACUCUGGCAUUUGGCUCCCUUAUCCUCUCCAUCAUUCAGAUCAUCAGGGUUUUGCUGGAGUAUCUGGACCACAAGCUGAAAGGAGCCCAAAAUAAGUUUGCAAAGUUCCUGUUGUGCUGUCUUAAGUGUUGUUUCUGGUGUCUGGAGAAAUUCGUCAAGUUCCUGAACAGAAAUGCGUAUAUUAUGGCGGCGAUCUAUGGCAAAAACUUUUGCACCUCUGCCAGAGACGCCUUCUUCCUCCUCAUGAGGAAUGUGAUCAGGGUGGCUGUGUUGGAUAAAGUGACAGAUUUCAUUUUAUUUUUGGGCAAACUGCUCAUUGUUGGGCUUCUGGGGGUCUUUUCCUUCUUCUUCUUCUCUGGGAGAGUGAAAGCCUUUCAGAAUACAGCUCCAACCCUGAACUACUACUGGGUACCCAUCCUGACUAUGGUGGUUUGCUCAUACCUCAUCGCCCAUGCAUUCUUCAGUGUGUACUCGAUGUGCGUGGACACUCUGUUCCUGUGUUUCUUGGAGGAUUUGGAGAGGAAUGACGGCAGCCCGGAGAGGCCCUACAUGAUGUCCGAGAAGCUCCUCAAAAUCCUGAAAAAGAAGAACAAGACUGACCCAGCUCAGUAGACCACUCCAUGUAGUAGCGUAAGCCUUAGCAGGGUGAGAUCGUGGGCUAAAGACAGCUGGGGUUUUGUUGAGUUUGAAGUUGGAUAACAAGCGCAUGUCAUCGGUUAUAAGCUGUAUCUGCUGAAUUUGGUUAUUACUAAAUGUUUUAUAAGCUCUUCUGAACCUUAGUUUGGACACAGACCUAAAAAUGUCCACAUUCCCACAUUUUAUUUCUUGCUGAAAGCAUCAUGAAGUCUGGCAGGUUUUGUGGAUUUUAAAAACGUAGCGAUUGCACGUUUAUCAACUGAAAAAGAAAAAUGAACAAACAUGUUAGUGGUAUAUAGAAUUCUUGUUUUUUGUCACGUUUUACUGUUAAUAUUUGAGUAGUACGGGAAGGUACAUAUAAAGGGUCAUCUGCUACAGUUUUGUAAUAUGAUCUGUUUUUAUUCUUGUUUUUUUUUUUUUUCUU